CGGAGGAGCGCUCUCCUCUAACCGCGCAUCCUGCUCCUCCACAGCAGCACCACCAGGAUGAUCCUCCGCCGCACCGACACCGACAACCUUCACUUCACUUUCACACUAAUUUAACCCUUCACUCUGACCCUCGCCGGCUGCCCAGCCACCUACACCCAUGCUUUGCCCUUCUGAGAUGCGAUACUUCUGCACAAUUUCCCGGAGAAUAUCUUCACCUUCCGUCGCUCCUCACUGAUAGAGAGCAUGCCCGAUACGGGGGCCGCCGGAGCCGCGGCCGCGGCGGCCGCCAGUGGUGCGACCACCGCCGGCGACGGCAGUGAGAGCUCCCGGCACCGACACCGAGCGCAGCAAGGGGACGCAGAGAGGCCGGAGUCGGGCGCUGCCCCGCCGCAAGCCUCCUCCGGUGUACUUGGUGAGUCGAGGGUGAUUGUUUCGCCUUGGACGAUGCGGUUUUGGGAGGAAGGAAGUAGGGACAGGUGAUGUUGGGAAGCGAGACAAACACCGCACCAUCUCACACCUCGCGGCACCGUUCUUUUGUCUGCACGAGGGCGUCCCGAAAUUACAAAUUGAUUAGCCCGCAGGCUCGUCAAUAGCUGGUCUUUACUUGCAUUUUGUUACAGCGGCGAUUUAAAAAAAAAAAAAAGACUAUUAAUAUUAUAUCCCCUCUUAGGAAAAAUGGCUACUUUCUGGCACAUGCCAGUGUCUGGGUUUGACCUUAUUGUUUGUUACUGUAUAUUAGCCUAUUUCCACAGUAUUCCUUUGGGCUUCAGUAGUAACUGUUUCAGCUUUUUUCGAGUGUUUUUUGAGGGUAUUGGGUGGUUGUGAUGGUUUUUAGUCCCUCUAAUCAGAAUACAUCCAUCUUUCCUCAAAGUAAAUGAUUGUUUAUUACCUUCAUGAUGUCAUCCAGGGAUCUCUACACUUGUCUGACUACUACAGACUGUCUGAUGCCUCAGAAUGAGCUGCCAUGCUGUCCCAUACAGCAGGUGCAGGUUUUUGGGAUUGCAAUCAGAUAAUAAGCAAGAGAAGCUCUUGCAUUAAUGUUCCAGUGACUGGAUCCCCUGUAGUGUGGUUUUCAUGUCCAAGAGCUGUGUAGUUUUAUUUAGUCUCCCCUUUUUAAACAGGGUAAGCAGACUGAACAUGCUUGUUGUUUACGCUUUAACAGUGAAAGUGGAUUUGAAUAGACCUCAUCAUAGUUAUAAGAAUAGCUCUGGUUCUAUUUUUGGAAUAGACCACAAUAUUAGCUCCAGUAGAAAGCCUCAGCUGCCGAGCCGGGCUUGUUUUCCUGAGUGAGGGGUGCAGAGACAGACUCCCUGCUCCCUGUGUGUGUGUGCACUGCUGCAGCGUGAUGCAGUGGAGCAGUGGGCUGUCGGCGGAUGAGCACUUCUUUCCACACUUGGUCGGGGUAACUUGAGCAGGUUGCUGCUGGCUGAGAAAGCAGCCUGAUGUCAUGCUGUGGAGGGUUUGGCACUGCUUGGGUCAUUGAAUGGAUUGCAGGAGGGUUAAAGGUCAGAAAGGUGUAGAUUAAUCCAAAAUCCAAUCCUGUGAAGAAGGGGUCAGAGGUCAACAAUAUUAACAGAGUGUCAAAACUGAGUCAUUUUGGUUACUGACAGAAUUUUGCUGCAGUUUUAGGUGCUUUUAAAUGUCAUAUGUUAGAAGCUGUCAUCAUAACCCUUGACAGAGUCCUGUUUUCUUAUUUGAUCAGAUAGUUCCUGAUUUUAAAUCAGAAGUUUGGUACUUUAUUUUUUGUACAGGUCUUGCAUAGGCUUUGACAUUUAAAACCAGAAAAUAUCUGCAUCCAUUUUUCUUAAAGAGGCAGAUUGGAUAAACUGUAAAUUCAUUAGCUGUUCGUCUGCAGAAUUUCAAAUACCAUUGCUCUUAAAAUUAUUCAUAAAAAAAGCUUUCAGUGCUCUGCUGCAGAGCCUCAAACAAAGUCUGGUGCAACUGAUUUGCUUCAGGAUAAUUGCACAUUUAACUGGGGGAUGUUUUUUAAACAUUUUUUUACUGCUUUUGUUUUGAAUGGAACUGUGAAAAGUCCAAACAAGCUAGUAAGGAUCUCAGGUUUUAAUGAUAUGACUGUAAAACAGGAAAGUGCAAAGCAAUAAAGAAGCAAUGCAUAGAUUUUCUUGAAAGGGUGUAAAACCAACAAAAAUGCCUUCAGUAAAAAGAUAACUAAAUGGAGAAACAAGAAAACCCUUAGAGAAAGAGAUAUUGUUGCUUCAUUGGUUUUUGGGGAUGGGGGGUUGAGGGCAUUGCCUUUGUAGUCCUCCCAUCAGGACCACCUGCUUUGAGUGAAAUUGCUGCUAAUUCAAGUAACGCCUCCACCCUGUUUUUCUCUCCCUUUUUAAAGAAAAUUGUGCCUGACAGAAACUGAUUAAGCUACAGCCUCAGGGACGGUAAAACCUCAACAAUAAUACAGAAGAUGACUUGCAGCCCAGAUAACAUAAAACCAUCACAAUUUGUUGCAAAGUUCCAGAGUUUUAAGUCGGCUGUAUAUCAGAAGAGCAGAGCAGGGACUCCUUACCCUCCUGUCCCGUCUCUGCCUGUGUAUUUUCUUGCCUGGUUCAUGGAGUGAAGGAUUGGGUUUGGGGACUUCAGUGGGAUUAGCAUGAUAUCACUUUACCGCCCCCACACGUGUCUGUGUCAGUCAGCCGGCCCAGCGGCAAGGCAGGGUGAUUUCUUCUGUUGAGAUUUUCCUCACUGGAGGCUUGGAUCGCUCCAUUGUCUCCAUGCCUCCACCACAUUUCCUCUAAUCCCUCCACAGUAGACCGGGAUGACUUUCAUCCUCUCAGCUAGUUUCCUUUGUAGCUCAAACACUCACAAGCUAGCAUUUCAAAGAUUAAUUAAGCGCUCAUCAUUACAAAAAAACUCUCACCAAUUAGUUUGUCUCCCCUCUGAGGCCAGUGUUGAUAAGAUUCUCAGUUACAGAAAUCAGGUCAUGUAAUUUGUGGUUGCCCAAUCAGCGUGCAGGUUUAGGAUGUAGGACAUUUGUUAGGAUACACAGUUGGAUUCGUUUGCACUUUGGAAAAAGACUCAUGAAAUUUUGAGUCUGGAUAAAAUCUCAAAAAUCUGUUUGAUUUAUGCUCUCUCUGACUAAAGUUGUUCCCAUGUUGAUACCAACCCAAAACUGCCCCUGAUCCUUUUAAAAAUGUGGGAUAUUUGCAAAUACUCCAGUCAAUGCACCACCCCUGAUACCAUAACCUAAAAUCAGCCCCCCUAAAAGCAACUGCAUGCUGCCAGCAGAGAGAGUAAUGCUAGUCAAAGACAGGAAAACGCUGGCAAUCAUUGUUUUCCCAGGGAUGUAUGGAUUUAUUGGUUUAACAUCAGCAUCUACUAAUAGUUGUCCUGAUGGCCGACAUGGACCCAUAGGUGAAUAUUGUGUUGUGCACUGAUGUCAGUGGCUGUUUUUGAUCUACGUCUUGUCCCAUUUUUUAAAUUUUCCCUAUUAUUUUACUGCUGGCACCUAGCAAAUGAUUAAUAUCCAAUAAUUCAAUUUAAAAAAAAGACAGUUUCAUCAUUAUCUGUAUAUUUCGAUGGCCCUUACUGGAAUCAACCUGAUUUUCCAUCCUACUAGUAUUUUCAUUUCUGCAUUGCUCAGUACAAAAGUCGAGGUAUUGGAAGGAGGUAAAAAUUUUUCCAAAGCUCUGGCUUGAGGGGGCGUAGGUGUUGGAAACAGCUGCGAUAUUUCCUCCACUAAGGACAGUGUUCAAUAUACUUGAGUAAAUAAUGUAUUGAAGCCUGAAGCACCUGUGCUCUUCACAACAGCUGUGACUCUUGAAUUCAGAACAUGUAGGAAUUUAAGGUUUUGUCAAGCCAAUAAUAGAUGGUCUUCACUGUAUACCAGUCUUUGCUUUUAUAGCUAUAACACAAUAUAAGAUGGGGUUGGCUGUAUGAAGUGUGAGUGAGUACUGGGCAAAUGAAGCAGAACUAAAAUGUUAAGUUGAAAUCCUUUUUGCACCUGUGUUUUGAUCUAGACAGCAAAGGUCUUUUCUGAAUGGGUGCAGGGAUCUGAAGAGCCCAUUUUCAGCCAUGCAAACUUAUUUAACUCCAUCUAUGAUGCUUGGCAUUAAUGCCUGCACUUUACAGUCUGCAAAAUGCAUGAGAAAACUGUAUUAAGCAGGGAUGUGCACUCAUCUACAGACUUUUGGCCGGGCCUCUGCUCUCAAGCUCUCACUGCCUCUUAAGCAAGCAGAAUACCUCAGCUUUGCCUCAGACAGAUUUAGACAGGUUCGGUGUCACACAGGUUGCUUUAAAUACAGCAGUGUGAGGCACGGCUGCAUCGAGGGGAAAAUGCAUCACGCUGAACUUCCCUGAAGAAGAGCUGCUUUUCUCGGCAGCAGACGGAGUCAUUGGUUUUGCGCCCUCCUACAGCUUCAUAAAUGAAUUUGAUGCAGCCUGAUAUAAUGACAGCAGUGUGUUGAGCCUAAUGACUCCAAACUUAAUGCCUCUCUUUGCAUCUCUUUCCCCAUCUCGCUCCUGUUCACUGCUCGCUCCACAGAGAUAUAUUUCCCGUUCUCUUCCUCCUCUCCAGUAAGUGCUGAGCUGCACAUUAGCUGCAUUAGCGAUCGAGGAAAAUCGUUGCCAUGUAGGGUGACCUUGCUGCUGGUUACGUUGGCGUUUGAUUAACCUCACCUGAUCGGUUAAUGCACAGAAGACAGAUUGCUUCAGGGGAUUAGGUGUUGAUGAGGGGCGACAUUUUAUGGUGGAAUUAAGCAGACCAUCAGGCGAAUCAUAAAAAUUAAGUGGCCUCCUCUGCACUGUGAAAACAUAGAUCUGUUAGAGGUAAUUUACCCUAAAAUUGGGAUCAUAACAGUCAAAAACUCAGCUGUUUAGCUGAUAAUAAACUGCAGUAAGGGCUGUGAUUAUUUUUAGUUUUUGUAAGAUUAUUCUGUCAGUGUAAGUUUGCAGUGUGUAUUUCAUAUUAUAUUUCCAGGAUAAGUGGGUGUGACUUUAUCUUUCUGAAAACCUUUGCAGAAAAGAUUACAGAUUGCGUUUAUUGUCAUUGCACAUGUCACAAGUACAGAUCAAUGAAAUUUGCUAAAAAAAGGCCCCAAAAGAAUGUCAUAUCAUGUCAUGUCAUAUUCCUGGGAGUAAUGGGUUUGCAUCAGUUCAACAAGAUUUAAAUGGUAUAAUGGGCUGGGUGAUGAGGUUGUGCAUGUUGAGAGUUUCUCUGCUUUGCUCUCUGCUACUCACUUGGGUUGUUUACAAGUUGUUUUCUACUGUGGUUUCUGCAGAGUCAGGGUUUGAAUUGGACCAAUCGUCAGGUUUUGAUGUGAGCCCAAUGUUUGACACAAAGACAACAUCAGGUUUCUACAUCAAAACUAUACCAGGCGUGAGCCAAAACCCAGUGUACAGUGUUGAUGUCAGCUUGAUUUAAGAUGUUCAUAUUUACCCAAUGAAAAGUGUUGACAUCAAUCUAAUGGGAGGUGUUGAUGUCAACCCAGUGUACAGUGUUGGUAUUUACUCAAAGUAAGGUGUUCUCAUGUUGAUCCAUCUUAAGGUGUUGAUACUAACCAGUUGUAAGGUUUUGAUGUCAACCAAAUGCAAGGUGUUAAUAUUCACUCAAAGUAAUGUUUUGAUAUCAGCCCUAUGCCAAAUUUUUAUAUCACUCUGACACCAGGUUACUUUCUUCUCCUGGAUGUGCUUCCUAGUUGGGCUCCCACAGUGUUGGGAGAGUGUGUCUGACAUUCAGUUUUCUGCUGCCAGGGCUAAAAAUCUCUGAAAUCAUCUUAAAAAUUUCUGGAGUUCCUGUUUGGAAAGGAUUUUUCAGUCAUAACUCGUCAUAGAUUCAGUUUUAGUAUUAGAGCCGUCAAUGAUGGUGGUUAUCUUGUGACAAAGAGGUGGGGGAGAUGAAGAGGAAGAGGUGGAGCUGAUGCUUUCAGCUACAAUGUGCCCACUUCUCAGUCAACCCAGCCAUGACCCCGAUUAUGCAAAUGUAUGCAUAGCUUUUGUCCUCAAUGUGAUCAAAAUGGAUAUAUUGCAAGAAAAUCAACUCCCUGUACAGUUGCCAUGAAUAGAGGAACGAGCUAUCAAUUUCAGAACAAUUAUUUGCAUAAUUUCUGCUGUAAAAAAGGGGAAUUUUAGCAUUGAGAAAAAUUGUAUACCCAAGUUUAAACUCAAGGAAAAGCAUGUUUCACAUCUGCAUGAGCUUCAUCUUUCAAUUCAAGACAACGAUCCUUGACCUCACGUUAUCUUAUUAAAAAUAAAUCUGAUAACUUCUCUUCUUAUUAAAUACGGAUAUUACUGCGUUUUCUUAUUAAUGCUCGUACCAAAGGUUGAGGCCACAAAAUGCAAAUCAGAAUUUAUUUUUUAAGAAAUGCCUCUUUGAAAAGCUAGUUCCCCUAAGUUGACAUUGAAAAGGUGAGGCCACACUGCUCUGUUGUUUCAUAGAUGUUCUUAAUUUCAAUAUGCUGAUGAUACUUCUCUUUUCUUUGCAGAUUUGUUCCUAUGUUCAAGCAAAAGUUAAUCUGUCAUGAAGCACAUUUUUGUCAAUGAUGAACAUGUUGGACAGCUGUCACUAUUAUGUGUAAACAGCACAGCUAUACAUCAGAUAAGCCCUAAACAAACUGAGAGCAGUGCGCUCUGCUAAAUUUGUAUCCGUUUAGUGCCGGAUCAGUGUGAUCACACCCUCAGACCAACAACCCAGUAACUUUUUUGUAGCCUGAGGCUUGUUUAGUUUGUAAAUUUUGAGAUAACCCCACAUUUGCUAAUAGGCACCCUUUAGGGGACAGGACUUCUGUUUACCUGCAGUGUACAUAACCUUCUCCAGAGCCAUUAAAAUGGGGUGUUUUUAAGAAAGUUACAAAGUCUUUCCCUGAGUUGUGAUAAACCAUCUGUCUGCCAGUGGUGAUUCUCUCGCCCUAGAUUCCCCAGGUUUUUAAUGGUUUAAUCAUAUCACCCAUAAUGCCUCUUUGCUUCCAGCCAACCAGCUUCUAAAUCCCCAUUCAUGCUCUCAGGAAAUUCACACUUUUCCAUUUAUAGAGGCGUGACGAUUAUCAAACCGUAAGCAGAAAAUGAUAAUGCACACUUCAGAGCUUAAUGCAUUCCAAGCACACGCAGAGAGAAGGAGCUGCUGGUGUUGCCCGUCUCCUGCUCUGUGUGGAAGAAACAACAUGCUACAGAGAUCUUAUCGGGGAGUUUAGGCUCUUUUUCUGUGUGAUCAAAGCAGAGUCAAUAACCGGCUUCCUCCUGCGCGUAACUGAUACUGCAACCUUGAUGGAAAAGUAGAAUGAAGUGUGUUUGAUUACUUUGUCCUUUAUUCCGAGUGACUGUGCUGACCAAGCCUGGAUCUCUCUCUUUUUCUCUCUUUUUUUCUGUGUAGUAGUUGCCAAGCAGAACCAGGAGUAAUACAAUGACCAGGGCAAGGAAUGCUGUUUUUAGCCUCAGUCUUGGGGAAUUGCUCCACAUUAGCCACUCCAUGGACUCCAGAGGAGGCUAAAGGGCUGUAAAAGUGUAACAUACCACACAUAAGGGGAGAAACUUAAUAACUAGGUGUAUUAUCCAUUUCAGAGCAAGCACAGGACCAUUUAUGAGAGGCAAGGGAUUUUUAAAUCACAAUCGGCCUUUUAUGUUGGUCUCUGUCCUCUCUAUAACUCUUGUUUUCCUCUCAAAGCUCUCCUGUGACUCUUUUUUGUAGCUGCUGUACUUCAUUUGUUUGGUUUGAGCAAAGGUGCCAUCAAUCCUCCUCAGCUUUCCCUCAUUAUCCUCUGUAGCAGGCAGAAAGGCAAAGUUAAACCCUGGUAGAAAGCAGCAUAAUCUGCUUGUUCAAGGAACGAGAAAAUACCGCAAUGCACUCCUGCUGCCUCCAAUGAUGACUUCAUAGCUCGGGAGUCUUGUUUAACGUUCACAUUUGUCCUGCGUGGAUCUCCGUGUUAAUCUGGAUUGGUAGUGGUGUAAAGCACAUGAGAAACUGAAAUGCUGAUCAGCCUCCAGCUUUCAUCUGCGAAUGCAUGAAUAGAUGGAGUUACAAAAGGACAAAUAACACUUUCUGCUCAGUCAUUGGCAUAAAGCUCACAGCUGUAGAUGACAGAAAAGAGCUUGACUGAGGGUUUUCCCCCCCUGAGAUGCCCCGUCAGUGUAUCUUUAAAAAUUAAGCAUCUGUUUAUUUUUGGAAAUUCUCUAUAAUCAGUUUUCUUUACUGCAGCGAGAUAGAUUAGGGGGAAUAACCUCUUAACUGUUAAGCCUGCCAGAGGCAACAUUUGUCACUGUGACAAUGCUUUGUUUACAAGUCUUUGUUGGACGUUCUGCACUGCCUGUGCCAUUAACCUUCAAAAACAGCUGUGGAGCCAAGAGCCGAAACAUCCACUCUGGGCCUUUACAGCAAGUAUGAAAGACGCAUGAAACCCCUGCAAUAUAUUGAACGUACAAAAUUGUUCAGUUUUUCACUUUUACACCUAAGAGCUUGUGUUCACUAACAGAGGUUUAUUUGUUUUUGCACUGACAGCACCUUUUUUCUAUAAAUGCUUUGGUUUCCUUUGCUUGUCAGUGCCACCUCUCCAUCACCAACCAAUCAAAAUCAAGAGAGGAAAGGAGCUCAUAUCUGUUAAAGCAAUGGCAGAGGUCCAGGUAGACGAGAAACUAACCUCACAUGUUUAGAGCUGCUCAUAAUGCUGCAACGCAAUUUCUAUCAGGUUUUUUCAGGCUUUGUAGAAAAAGCAAAUAUGAAACAUAAAGAAAGAAAAGGAAAAUAGAUUCUUAUGUCUGAGGAAAGAACAAGUGCUGCAGGACACUUUUUUUGUAAGCAGCAGUGUGAAAUUAAAGUCACAGGUACUGCCAGCACAAAGACACUGUUAGAUGUAGACACAGGCUGUCAUACCUCAUAGAUUCUUGGCUUAUUGAAGAGCAGGGACAAAAAUAAUUGAAAGUCAUGUAAAAGUCGUUUUAUCUGUCCCAAAAAAACAUCGUAGACCAUGACAAAUUUGUUGGUCUUGUGGAAUUAUCAGAUUUGGAUCUAUAAAUGAUACUGCAUCAUCAGCAUAUACAGGAAUCUGAGGACCUUUAGCUGCUGAGUGUUUGCCUGAGUGUGGCUAAUUCAUGGUGUGAAAGUAAGGAUAUCACAGUUUUAGUAUAUUCUCUAAUAGUUUGCAUGAAAAUUUUGACCUUUUUUCACUAUCUGACUGAAGUAUACUUGAUUUCUUGUGAUUUCAGCCUGACACUAGUACCUUUUGAGACCUUUAGCUGCUCCAUCCGUUCUGCUUUCUUUCAGCGUCAAAGAGAUUGAAGCGUCUGGACGGUGUUCGUAGUACUGCAGUGCUUUUGACUGCUAAACAACAGUAUAUUUUUGUCAUAUGCUUUGUUCCUUUGUUUGAGAAGUCGAGUUAGAUCCUUUCCCCGUCAUGACUAAAAACUGAGUGGAGUGAAAGCCUCUCCACAGCCAUGAGGGGACAUUCUGUUCCAGCUGAUGUAUUUGCACAUUGUCAGUGUUGACUGAUGAAAGUCUACAGCAGUGAAAUCCAGGCUUUUACUGAGCCUCCUUUUCAUAAAUUUCCUCUGCCUUUCUUCUUUUCUUCUCACUCUUGUUUUUAUUUUUUGUUGUUCAUUCCACAUUAUCUCAUACCAAAGAAGAUAAACCUUUUGUGAUAUCUGGAAAAACAUGCAAAUCUUUUGUCGUUUUGGCCAAAGGAUAAUUCUGCUGCUCUGUUUUUCUUGCAGUAGCUUAAACUCUUACCCAUUCGCCUCAGCAAAGUGCUGUGGGGAGGCUGCAAUUGUGCAGUUUCUGCCUGAAGAAAUUGGCUGUCAGAGAAAAUAAAACCACAUCGCCAUUGCUGCUCCAUCCCCUUUUUGCAAUUGAGUGAAAUACCAUUAGGUUUCCACUUUCCUCCAGAUCUGUGUUUAUCAAGGGAUUAGACUCAACAGCUUGUCGUUUGUUUGGAUCUCUUUGAGUUUGAUCGUCUCCACUCACAGAGGGAAAUAAUUAGUUUGCAUUUUUAAAGCUCUAGAAGUUAAAGAUGCAGCAACUUGGAAGAUUGUGACAUUGCUUCAGUUGCUCUGUUUGUGGGGAAUUUUCUAAAUCUUUUUUUAAUGUCAGCCACUUUUUAAAAAAAACCAAGAGUGUUAAACUCUCCAAAGCACUUCAGCCGUAAUAUUUGCUAAUGCUGCGUAAUUGACUUUUAAACUUAGUUCUUAUUCACUGCGUGUAUUACAUUUUUUUUCUGACCUUUCUGGCUGUCCUCUGAGGAAACUAGAGAGGCAAAUAAAUGGGAAGGAAUUUUUGAAUAGAUCUUCCUCGAGCUUCUUUACCAAACCACACAAGAAAGCAAAGCCAAUCACGUCAUGAAAGAUAUCUCCCUCUGCUUGUCACUAAACAGGAAGGAAAUGGAAGGGUUGGUUUUGAGAUGUACAAUAACUGCUGGUUCCUCUGUGUAUUGAUCUUAUUCGAAGCCUCCCUUCCUUCUUUCCUGUGCAGAAAUAGAAAACUGGAACCAUCAAACAGAGUGGUUAGUCCACCAACACCAGACUUACUGACUCACUGCUCGUCAUUUGUGUCUGAUUGGAUUACAAAUAGCCAAUUUGCUAAAUGGUAACCGGAAAAAUCUCAAGAGCAGUAUAGUCAUAACUGACCUCUGAUCUCAGCUGUCUAAUCUCUCUGUUUUCCCCUAAUUCUGUAAACCUCCUGUGAAAAACUGGGUGAUGAUUUCUUUCCAAGAACUAAGUCUGCUCUGGUUUAGCCUGGAACAUUCAGACAGAUGCGCAGUAACAGGCCUAUAUUAGACAGUAAUGCCUUCUGUUAGAGCUCCUUAAAAAUGUAUGAGUCUGUUUUCUCUGAACGCCGCAGUUGUUUGUGCCUUCAAAUGACCCUGUGAGCAUUCAGCACAGGAAGAAUAUUUGUAACCGAGUGAUAGCAUUUGCACUUUAAGUCCAGCAGCCCCUUCUCAAACUGUUAGGGGAAAGCAUUUAUGUUGUGUUUUCGGUACUUUGCAGGGUGAAAUGAGAUGAGUGAUACCGCUCUUUGAGACCAUGUGCUCACGUCACGGUGACUCUAGCUUGUCAAACUAAAAACAGUAGUUAAAGGUGGCAUUUUCUGGAGGUAAUAAAAUCUAUCCACCAGCACCUUUCAAAUGUAAGUAAUAUGUUCGAUGCACAUGAGUAGCCUUUCCUAUUUGUCUCAAGGUCUUGUGCAAAGCUAGACUGGAUGCUUGUUUUCAGUUUGACAGCAAACUGACAAAUGUUUGAGCAGUUUUCCUUCCAACACAAAGUGAACACACAAACGACUCAGGCUGUCACCUUUUCAAAUAAGGAAGUUUGAACAAAUAUUAGAUAUGGCAUGCCAAUAUUGGGCUUUGCACAAGGUCAUCUUACCACCUUUUGGCUUUUAGUUUGCUCUUUGUGAUGUAUAAUCCAAAAUACUUCCUCAUGUGUUAAUGCAGUGGUUUGUCUGUUUACAUAAAUACAUUCUCCAUCUUUACUGUGUUAAGGCUGUAACAUACAGGAUGCCUAUUUGGAGCAUCCCGUAUCACGAAGCAAAUAGGUUGCCAUUCCAAUCAAUGCAGCAAAGCAUAAAGGUCGCGUAUCACCUCUGUGUCAGCACAGUAUCGAGAGCAGCACUGCUAAAGAUAAGUAACAAGUCUAUUUUUGCUGCUCUACGUUUCCAAUGCGCGUCAAUCCACACAGAGAAGAUAGUUUUAGACAGGAAGUCAAGCAUGAAAACCGCUCAUGUCAUCUGGUAUUUCAAAAUAAAACACCAUAUGCAAACUCCCGACUGUGUAUCAGUUCAUGUAGAUGAGAAGUACUUCCUGGUUAUGGAUUUAUCAGUAACACAAAACAAUCCGGUGAUCAAUCCCUGAUCCAAACAGGACUUUUAACUGCUAACUCUGUCUGAAGGUAACAGCACAGCAUAAAGGAACAUAGUUUACUUUAUUAAACACGAGUAAACCUGCAAAAACUAAAACUGUAAAAUCAUGUUGCUUUUUCACAUACUGUAGAGGCUCAACGGUCACUGAAUUAUGUCCAAAUUAGCAGGAAGUAGACCACAGAAAGGCUAAACAACCUGUUGUUUCCUCUGUACUGAGCUCAGUUUACCAGAGCUGCACUAUGCUGUUACGCUCCAAAUAUGCAUCCUGUGUGCGAUAACCAAUGCUGCUUUGUGGAGCAAAUAUGGAACGCGCUCAAUACAGAUCGUGUAUGUUUUCAGCUUUAAUCCGCAGUGGUCAAGAGAGCAUUCAGCGGUCGGUUAGCGAUGAGAAUGCCUUCUCUGGAUCAGACAGCCUGAUACACUGAUAGACGGUUUGGUUUGAAUUCUUAUGACUUCUCCAGUUCGAGUAUCAUCUCCUCCAACUUCAAAUGAAGAGUGGAAUUUCUGAUAGAAAGUGACAGCCCUACUCUGCUUUAUUACUUUUGAUCAACUCCAUCUGAAGUGAAAUUUUCUAAAGCGAUUCAGAAAUGUUGAAAGUACUGAUGUUUUGCAGUGACCUCAAACUGCCCCAUUAAACUUAAAAAUGUCUAUUUGCAUGUGUCAGCAUUGUGUCUGUGUGUAAUCCAUGCCUCUUUGUUCUGUGUGUAAAUCAGAAAAAUCCCAAACUUUGGCAGUUGCCCACUACUCAACAACGAGGUCUGUUUGCUGCACAAAGGCUGCUAUUCACUCCACUAUAUUCAUCACCACCACUCGCUCAUUCAUAAUUAGUAAUCCUCCUCUUGACAAUGCUCAAUUCAGCCAGUUAGACAACCAGUCUGUGGCUGAAUGGAGGAGCAGUCUGCAUCGAACAAGGAUGAAAGGGACUCAACGCUGGCUCUGGUUCAUGAUUGUUACCUCAGUGAAUGACAGACUGCACAAUUUCCCUCAUUUGACCCCAAUUUUUAAUAGAUACCAAAGAUCUUUCGUGAUUUCUCUGCUUUCAAAUUAUUAACUAACCUCCAAUGAACCGAAGAUUAGUCUACUUGGCAAGAAAAUAGGGAUACAGAGAGAGAUGAAGGAGGCAGAUUUAGCGGGACAAAUUAUUGUGAUGAAGACAAGACAGAAAAUCAGUCGGGGGAAAAUUGAUACUUCAUAUUCUGCAGCGUGAGCACCGGCGCUCUUUUUUCUCCCACAUGGUCCUGCCUUGUCCAUCCCUUGGCCCGCAGCCAGGGACAGCUCCAAUGUCACAUGCAGUCAUUGUUAUUUUGAGGCCAAGGACGAGUCCCCAUUAUCCUACCUGUACCUGCUAAUGAGGAAACCAGAGUUCUGACAUCCACCUUUUGUCACAAAGGUGGAGGAGACAUCUCCUAUCUCACACUGAAGAAAGACUCUCCUAAUCUCAACAACAUCACACAGGCUCUGUUAUCUGAACGGGUCUCAGUUGACAUGAUGGUUUAAGUCAAUCUAGCAGCAGAAAUAAUCCUCACAACUGUAUUGAUGGUCAAUGGUUCAAUCUUGGGUCUUGAGUUCCACAUGGCAAGUGUCAUUUGGCGAGACACUUGACCCCAACAUAUGACUGUGAUCAUAAAACUGAUGGUCCUCUACAUAAUAGCCUCUAUCAUCAGUGUGUGAACAUGUUAUUGAUGUUUAUAGAAGAUGCUAAACACACAGUCCAUUUAUGGCCAAUUUUGAUUAUUAGACCCCACAAGUUUUUUUUGUUAGCCCCAGCUUUUUAACUUCUUGUCGGAGAUUUAAAGACAAUCUCAAACCACCAAACAAUAACUUCGAGAAGUGCUGAAAAACCAUGAUUACUAAGCAGCCAUUGCUUCUACUGCAGUUCCAAACAGUCUGAGUCAAGUAACUGUGGCAUUACUUCAAUUCCACAUUGUGCCAAAAGCUGAUGCCUCCUUUUGUUUGGUUGUUUUAAAGAGUUUGUCGCAGUGCUGACGUUGCUUUUCAAACUAUUGUCCAGAACACGUGCAUUUCCUCUGAAAGGACCUGGUGCAGGUUCUUUUCCUGAAAAAAAAAUUGCUUACAUUGUCCAAAAUCUGUUUACCUGAAAAUGAUCCUGACUUUUCCCCUUUUUACAAAGAAGUUAGCGUGAAGUCUGAGCUUAUGAGUAAACUCAGCGGGUUAAGUCUGAAACAUUCACCGGAGUGAGUGGGCGAGUAUUGAAGUCAUUUAUGCUGAGCGGAGUUUCACUGUUUUGUACUCGGCUCACUUCAGGUGUCAUCGUGUUGUUGUUGUGGAAACUGCCCUGUGCAUGAUGCAAGAAUAUAAAGUCAAAUACAGUCACUGUAACAGAGGACUGUUUUUCCUUCUGCAAGCAUUACACAGCCACCAAUUCUGCCUAGUCAGCGUAUUUCUAGUCGUGAGAGCGCGUCUUGAAUUGAUGAUCUUCCACUGGAGUGCAUGGGUGAAAAAUAUGUUGAAACUUUGGGGGUCUGCAUGUCCUGAAAUUGUCUAGAGAAUGUCAGGUGUUAAAGUUUGACUGCUCCUGUAUGACUAGUGAAUACAGAUUCAUGGAGACCAAACAUUGUUUGUAUUACAAAAUAAAGUUAUGGUGUUAUUAGAGAUGGGCGAUAAACUGAAAAUUUACAGAUACCGAAAUUUACGACAAUACCCAACGUCAUUUUGCCCAUGUCAGUAUAUUUGGUGUCAAAAAAAUAAAUAAAUACAAGUUGGUUUGGGAUGUGUGUAGGUAGGCUAUGGUCUCAUGAGACGUGACUCCACCCCAUCCAGUCCGUAACAAAGCGGGAAAGACAGGUGAGGAGAUGGAGGACGGUUCAAAAGUUGGAGCAGCUGGAGCGGCGGCUGAAGUAGACAAAGUUAAUGUGGGAGGGGUUGAGCAGCUUGUGGAGUAGUUAUUGUCCAUUUAUCAUUAUUAAGGUUAUCGUGAUAUUGAUUUGAGGCCAUAUCGCCCAGCCCUAGGUGUUAUAACCAAUUACUUUUUUUAUACAGUUAUAAUAAAGAAGAAUCCUGAUGUUUGGCUAAUCGUUUUCUCACAGAUCUACAAAUAUGACUACAAAUAUUUCUCUUUCUUCACUGCUUUAAAUUCAAAAUAUGGAUUUUUGUUCCUCCAAACAAGACACUGUUAACGCCCUUUGUCUGUUUCAUAUGAGGUAGAUGUGAUACUUUGAUAUUGUUGGCAGAAGUUUUUAACAGUUCAAGAAAAAAGUGUGCUUCUGAUCAGACUUGGUCCAUGGCUGAGAGAAACACAGCAACAGUGAUUUGAAGAAAAGGAAAAGCAGCUGAUGUUCGGCCUCGUUAUCUUCUUCAUAUGUCGUCAUUUCAGCUGAAAGAUGAAAGCUUUCAAUGCUAACUCUAAAGGUGUCGGUGCUUGGCCACUGAGGCUCCUUCACUUUGUUCACCUGUCUUCUUGGUAUCUCUUUAAAGUGUCCCCCCUCCUCUCUCCAUCUGCCUAGUUUUGAAGUCAUCAUCCAUAAGAGCUCCAUGUACAAAUACCUCUUGAGACAGCCGGAGUGAGUGAGAAGGCAGAGGAGCCGAGUGAGAGAAGGAGAUAAAAAGCAAACAUGGAGAGGAGGGGCUGAAAGACUCAGCCUGGGGGGGCUCAGAGUGAGGAUUUGGAUGAGAGUAAGAAGCAAAAAAAAGAAGAUAUAGAGUAGAGAGAGAGAGGCAGAUUGGUCUACGGUGAGGAUGAGAGGAGCAGAUUGAGGUGAAAAGAAGUGAAAAGAGACAGGAGGAGAGCUCUGCUGCAAAGGGAAGAUUGAGCAUUCAUAGCAUCUUAAAACACAUCUGUGUGUGAGGCUGGCAGAGGAAAAGAAAGAUUCAGGGUGGAAUUGGGAGUGUUUGUGUUUGUCAAUACGCUGCCAAGAUGUAUGCACGCCGUGUACCUUGCAUUGGGAGGAUGUAGUGAGGUGACCACUGCAACAAAAACAAGUCAUUGUUCGGAAGCUAAAGAAAGAAAAGGAGGAGUAGGAGAAAAAAAGAGGGGCCGAUAAGAAGAGAGGUGUGUUGUGGUUCGAUUUCUUCCCACAAGACAUGUAGGCUGCAGUUUCAGAGCUCACAGCUUGAUUUGCAUCAUCUUCACAGGUGGAAUGGUUUGAUUUGGGAUUUAUUCCAGACAUUUCAAUGACAUGAUUUGAUGACUCAGUAUGCACCUCGCUGCUACAUUUCCAGAUUCUUAAGUGCAGUCAGGAGAUGUUUUUUUUACAAUCCUGUCUGUUGUGCUCGUGUGUUUAACUUUUUGGGGGGAAUUGAAGAAAUAUUUGAAGAAUAAAGUCUGUCGGUCAUGUUGCUGCAUGGUCCAGGAUAGCCGGGUGUGGACUUACUUCACAGGAUGGCGCCGGACAGGAUCGGGGAUUGGAGAUGGUUCUAAUUAAGAAAAUAGCUGGAUGUUUGAACCUGAUUAGACUCUCUGUCCUACUUACUGAUGUAAUCGUCCUAAUAGGGUCAUUUGUUUCAGUGAAACACUCCACACAUGUGACAAUGGAAAUGCUUCCUGCAUGUCUGAUUGUUUGCUCUGCUGUCUCUGUGUAUGUUAGAAGUUCUCUCCUCUUUUAUUACAGCAUGUCUGUGAGUGUUAGAACGGGGAAAUAACAGCAGAACUUCAAAAUGACUCGCUGCAGAGAAGAUAUAAAUCCUGCUUUAGUCUUCAGCCUCUGCGGAAACACACACUGUUGCCAGGCGAAUUAAGCAAAAGCAUCUUUUUUUUUCUCGAGGUGCACUUGAAAGUACAAAUCUGCAGCUCGAUAUCAGUGCAGCUAAUCUGCACCGCAGGCCUGAGAAAGAACAAAAUCCGCAACAUUAUGUCCUCUAAAUGAUGCCAGCUGUGUUCAGGCACUUUGGUUUGACUGCUAACAUUAGAGAAGAUGAAUUUUAGAUUUUACAAACUCAGUUUAACAUAACUAUAAUUAAACACGAAUGAUGGUGAAAAGGCAAAGAUGUAGUGACCUUACUUUCAGAUUAUUACUCAAACCAAAUAAAUUCAAGUUCAGUCCAAACUCAGACAGAACUGGGGUUUCUUCAAGAGCUUAAAACUGGUUCAACACUGGCUUGAAAACAAGUAUGAAGAGGAGGGAGAUAACUUGCAGUAUAAAGCCAUAGUGUAUUUGAACAAACCAAAAUACAUUAAAAAAAUACUGAAUAUUGCAUCACAGAUUUUUUCAGAUUUCCUAAUUGUUUACCUGAGAUGUAGCGAUUAAAAAAAAUCUUAUUUUCAAGAAUGGAAGACUUCUGAAAAUCAUCCCUUUGAACGAUGCACCACCUUUCUACUAAAUACAAGCCUACAGAGGCAUAACUAUCCCAGAGCAGUUUCAACAGUUUUUUUUGUCGUGUUAUUUUAUAUAUUUUAUUUGACCUUUGUUUAGCCAGGCUAGACAUCUCAGUGGGACUUGAGCCUCCUCACAACUCCCGUCAGAAAAGUCAGCCGUGCCUCCGGUUCACAAAUCUUGUAGCUUUAAUAACUUGGAAACUAAUGCAUCACAAAAAACUGAGGGUGCUGUGGAAGCUCUGAGCCACUCAAACCAAAAAACAUUUCUUGAAUCAGGCUAUGAAUGUGUUUAUUUUUGCCAUAAAAUCUGCUUUUUUGGGUUUAGUUACACAGCCAGCCUCAAGCAGCAACUCAGGGCACGACAGUUUUUGGCUCUUUCACAUUUGCUUAAUUUCUCAAGACCGAGGGGUUGCUGUUAAGUAGUUCCCUCUUUUUCAUUCGUCUGCUAGGACUACUUUGAUCUGCACAUACACAACACUUGACAGGAAUUACUUGAAACUGCUUAUAAAAUAUAGAUUAAAUAUUAGGGGUGGUAGAAAAAACGGAUUCACAGAAGGAUCGCAAUUUUUUGUUUUACAAUUUUUAAACAGAUUUUCAUGUUCAAAAUUUGUUUUUUUAUUUUUUUAUUUUUUCAAAUUUAAGAAUAAAUCUUAAAAACUGACUUUCAUGUGAUGUGUAUUUUUCAGGGACAUAUGGCUCCUGGAAUAGUCAGUAGACAAUCAUAAUCAUUCAACUGUUUCACUGGUGUUAGAAAUGCAGACUAAAAAUCAAGAAAAUCGACAAUAUUGUAGAAUCUCAAUUUAAAUUGAAUCAGUAGAUAAGCAUAUUGUCCUAGCCCUAUUAAAAAUCUAAUAUUAUAUAUUGUCAGUCCAUGGUUAAGCAAUAUUCUGUAUUAAGAACGAUGUGAAAUUAUAACCAUUUCUGGUUGAUAUGAGUCUGUUCUUUCCAGUUGAUUAAAGUUUGAACCUCAAACCUUCAGUGACCCUUGAAAGAGUCAAAUUGAGUGAAAAUUGAGCAAAAUCAUCUAAGCUGCCCCUAAUCUGCUCCCGCAGAGCAUUAAAACCAGAGAAAUACCAAUCAAACUCAUACAGCCAGCCAAGUCAGUGAACGCCUCAUCAGGCUUUUGUUUAAACGUCUGUGACCUUCAUCUGAGUGCUUUCUCCGAGUUUCAGAAGUGACUUACACUCUAUUAAUCCGCUAGUUUAUACCUCAGGCUCACACUCAGACUCAUAGACAAACACCUGUGCAGACACACACUCUUACUCACACACACAUAAACAGCCUGAAGAAAUUGUGCAGAGAGUGACUGAGAUCACAGGAAGACACCCUGCUUGUUAUGCCUGCCUGGCUGCUGUCUGAUAAGCUUUAGCCCUGCAACCGUCGUCUCAGUGUGAAGGCCGUGAGUAAUACAGGCUUUAUCAUAUCACUGUUCGUCCUCGGCCAACCUGCCAAACACAGACCUGGAUUCUGUCGUAUGGCUUAAAGGGGCUUUCAAACUCAAAAAGGCACUUGUUUUGCCAAAAUAAGUCACAUUCGGAUCACACGCCUGUGGUGUUCCUCUGGAGUUAGAGAGGAAGAUCUAUCAGCUGAGUCAGAACAACAUUUCCCCAAAAAUUGGAUUCAGUUUUGACUCGACUUAGUGCAACCAUUUUAAACAAACGCCUUUGUUUUGUUUUAGACUCUAAGUUCAAGAUGAGCUCUUUCUCUGUGAUCGGAGAAACACCCAAGAGGUAAACUUCCUGGACGAAGUCAAAGCCACAGACAGAGGAUGUAAAGAUAAUAAUGAGGAAUUUAAUUACAGGACUUUGACUUUUUUAUGUUUAUCAAAAUAUAUCAACAUCAUUUUCAGUUUAAGACAUCAUAUUUUUAAACAAUAAUGUGUUUUAAUUUCCAGAACUGAAUUGCAGACACAGUCAGAUAAACUAAUUAACACAAUACUUCAUUAGAUUUCAGGGGGUCAAGAAUCAGAGAUUUUCUUUGAGGAAGUUGUUUCCCAAGGACUUGUCUGAUAAUGUAGCUGAAAGGACCUAGGAACCACUGCCACUUAGUAUCAAGAUAAUUAACAUAUUUUCAUUUUGACUGUAUCAUUGACUGCCUAUUAAAAUGUGAACCCUGAAAACUCCUGCAAGUUAACAAGGUAAAAACCAGCUGAGGUUGUGUGAGGAGGGCUGCUUUGAGGAAGCUUCUUGGCUCUGUAAAAACAGCUGAGAGUUGUUUUGUUUGUGUAGUCAAGAACACCAUUACACAUUCACAUGCAGACACGGAGCCGUCAGACUGGCUCCUGUCUAUACAAUGAAGCCUCAGCUGUGGUUUGCUCAUGUUCAGUAAAGGAACAAGCAGAAAUGCAUGCUAACUAGCUGAAUACAUGUUUAUUACCGGGGCUCACAGAUUGAAGCAUUGUUUUAGUGUUGAAACCAAUCUGCUGCCUGUUCCAGGAGUGUGUGUGUGUGUGUGUGCGAGCGUGUCGCUGUGUGUGUUGCCUUCAGCGAUGAAUACAGGGCUCAUUAGGAUUACUGUCAUGUCGCUGCGCUGCCUGCAGUGUUUUAUCUCAAGCAGAGCGUCCAGUCAGAUUUCAGCAUCCAGGAGUUCCACUCUAGAUUAAAAAGUCAAAAACUCCUCGUCUAGUUUCCUCACUGUCCUGUUAGGAUGUUUGAAAAUGUUCUUCAGAAGGGGAGAGAAGUGUGGAGCCAGAUCAAGUUGUCACAGCCUCUUUGUAAGUACUGAAGAGACAUCCUGUGAAAAAGUAAUGCAGCCUCUGAGUCAAGUUCUGUUUGCAGGUACAAAUUUGUAACUCAGACAGGUUUGUUAAAACCUGACAGAGGUUUUAUAUUAAGUAAAACAUGCCAAGUGUUUUGGAUAAAUGUGAAAGUGCUCCGGUUUUCUGUUGGCUUCUGUGUUAUUUUCCUCCAAGUGAAAACCUGCAGUGCUUUUUAAAAGAGCAAAAGAAAGACAGAAUAUGAAGAGAUGUAGCCUUUAGUAUGUGAACAUGAUGGUUUGAUAGGAUGUGAAUUUAAAAAAAGGGUGUUAUGAUAACAGACACGAGAGGAAACACAUGAGAUCAGGACCUCGAUAACAAAGACAGCGGUUAUAUAAGGUUCACAAAAAAACAGAUAUAACAGAAGAUGUUAAAUACCAGGGGUUUGGUUUGCUUUGAGCUCAGAUGUUAGGAAACUAUUUAAACUUUAAUGCAGAAAAGGAUCAGUAAGAAACACAAUGCUGACAUUUUUUAAUGAUUACUUACAAACCACCUUUGUUAAAUUCUUGUUUCUGGUUGGCCAAGAACUUUUUAUAAUGGUGAUACUUCUCUAGGCUGGUAAAAACAAGUCAAAUCAAAUCAGAUCAAAACACUUAGAGGGGUCUGGCAUGUUUCCCCUCUGAACUGGUAAACGUCAUAAUUCCACAACUGUGCUAUAAAAUCAUUUUGGUUAGUGUGUCAUCUGAUGCUUAUCCACAGGGACGUAUCAUAAAAUGAGAUCAGAGGAUGAACUGAGUCUGUUGAGCCUAAACCCUGAGUUCUCUGUGUCACUAAGUCAGCUCUCGUUAAACCUGUCCAGAUCGCCAUGGUGACUUACUACACUCAUAAUCUGGUUGUCUGCCAUCAUCAACAUCUGAGUCAUCAUGUAUUGUGGUGCCUAUGUGCUUUUAAUUCAACCAAAUUGAAAUUUUUAGUCAUGAAUAACGAUCAAUCUGUCCUGUAUGGUUAGGCCUUCCUUUGCAUGAUGCUAAUAAGACAGUUAUUUUUGUUUUUUGUAUUUGAUCAAAUGAAUUAACUCAUUAAUUGAUCAAAUUAAUAAAAGCUGAAUGAAACUGCAUUAGUCUUCACUUCAUAACAGAGUUUAUGUUAAAAAGUGGCCUGAAAGUGUUGGAGGUGGGGUAUCCUGCCGAUUAGGAUGGCAAAAAAUUUAAUCGGUCUCCCUCAUCCCUUUUUUUUUUUAACCCUUAGGCCCUCCUGUGUACAUUUCAGAUGGGUUUUUCUGCUGUCAUUUUGGAAAGGGGGGCCUGAGGGCUACAUUAACAAUAACAUGUAUUGUAUAUUCAGUACCUCUGUUCUCUGUAUCAGUCUGGCUGAUGCAGGAAGUCAGUGAUGGUUCCUUAAUAUGAAUGAGAAGUGUCAAAGUGACAGCUUCUGCAACAGCUUUGUGGUAACAGAUAUCUCUAACUGAAGCUAUGGGCCUUGUCAAGCUUAGCUCAUCCAAAGAAAGUUCGUGUGGUGUGUGCUGAGCUCGUUUCAUGGUUUACCCCUCAACAAACACAAAGCCGCAGUAGCUCAGUUUUGGUCUCCACACUCUCCUGAUGAAAAAGUCUCACUUAUCAGCAGAUAAACGCUCCUCUGGUCUUUUGCUCACUCGUGUGUGUCUGUUUAGUUGUUGUUGUUUUUUUCAGAGGAUUAGAAUAAAAAAGAUGACGAGCUGAAAAGAUUGAUUGAAGCAGACUUGACAACCCUGCAGGGCAGAAUGACUAAUCACUUGUCUUUUCUUUAACCACCUUUCUAUCAGUGACGUUGAUCAUUCAAUUCUUUGGCCUUCAAAUGUAUUGAUUACUAAAGCUCUAAAAACAGGAAUUUUACCACCAGAUCUAAAUUCCCUGAACCAAAAUAAAACAUUCACUUGCAGAUUUUAGCAAACGGACUACAUCUGCCAUCUCAGCAGAUUGAUUCUGACCAUUGGUGACAUGUUUAUUUACUUAUAUCUCAUACAGAGACACACAGAGUGUAAUUAUAUUAUCUGGACGAGAACAGCAGGAUUAAUUCUGGGAAACCUCGCUGUGUGCCCCCCUCCCUGUCCGCUCUGCAGGGAGUUCCAGGAAGUGUCAGGACACGCUGAGCAGCAGGACAAUGUUUUUAUGUGACAGGUGUUUAAUGGAUCCACAGAAAACACAGAGACACCGUAAUUUAUAACGCCAUACCGGUGCUGACAUCAUGACUGUAUUUACAGCCUGCUGUGGCCUUGACCUUUGCGAGGUGGCAUGUGUGUACGAUCACUUUGGUAACCAUGAAAGCAAAACACAGCCCGUGUGUAGAAAGAUGAUAUGUAGCUUUCAUAGUUUGGUCUCAUUUGGUUCCAUACAUACAUAUCUAACAUUUACAGGGCUUAAUAAUGAACAGAUCCUGUGAACGUGCCUGUAGGAUCUCUGGAAAGUGUCCCACAUUCCCGGCUCCUCUGACGCUCCAUGCCUCAGAGAUCACAGGAGUUUUGUGGGACGGGCAUUUUCUCUCAUUAUCAGUCAGGACCCAGGAAAUGGUUUUCACAAAGUGCCCUCUGUCAGCCGAGCAGUGUCCAGGGUGGCACUGGUUAAAGAAUCAUUUAGUCAUGUUUGAACUAUUGGCACCGCGGCCUUGUCUACGCUGAGGAGGAAAUAUGAGACUGUGGAGAGCGGUGACAAAUGAAGGAGGUGUCACAAAGAGCAAAGGAGUUCAUCUGAGACUGGAGACAGAAACUGUAGCUGUAUUAAAGGUUCAUAUCUAAAAUAUUUAUACUCAAAGCAGAAUUAAGAAUUUAUCUAAAUCCAUCUUCUGUUAAAAAUGCAUGAUGAGCCUUUUUUUAAAGGAAAAAUAAUCACUCUGUAAAAAAGGAGAGGGAUUAGUCAAAAGCUCAUGUUAGGAAGGGAUAAUAUAACAGUUCAGAACCCUGACAUGGUGAGCAGAGGACACCGACAUGAAGUUCACCCCGAAAAGGUCACAACUUUUGACUGUGACGAAAUAUGGACGGCGUGCCUCCAUUUGAAUCUGCUGUAAAAAGUGAAGCCAAGAUUAGCUUUGAUAUAUCACACCGGUGAUGUAUUUCCAAGAUAAGGCAGAAGCGGUCCAGCUGAUAUCACAUGCUUUACGCCUAUCAAAACACACAUUAAACUCAACAAUAAGACAGCAAAGAUUCCUCAAGUCGUUCAGUCUACAACACAACAGCCUCUUGUGUUGAUUUGAAGUGAUCAUGGACGCCAUAUUGUGAUGUCUUUGUGUUGCUGUAUUAUGUUUACUUUUUCUCCUAAGUGAAUGAAAAAACUGGAAAUGUAUGUUUCUGUUUUGAAUCAAACACUGCUCACCAGGGAGGAAAAAACAUAUUGAGUAUUAUUUUCCUUCAGCUCGCCACACAAAAGGCAUCUGUGUUAUGAUGUGACAUUACUGUCAGGCUACAGUCGAGCUAUUUUUGGUGUGCUGUUGACUUCAAGAAAAGAGAGAGGAGGAAACUCGAUAUUAAAGGAACUGAAUUCACUCGUGCUGCUGCUGCUGUAUAUUCAGCCCUGUCCACUUAUCCAUCAUGAUAAAGAGAGUGCUGCUAUGAUUUAAGGCGAGUUUUAGGAUGUAUCUUAGACUCAGGACGUGUCAUCCCAGUGAGACGUCGCAGCACUUACAUGGGUCGAGUUUAGUCAAUUGAGCGUUUGUAUGUUUGUGUGUGUGUGUGUGUGUGUGUGUGUGUGUGUGUGUGUGUGUGUGUGUGUGUGUGUGUGUGUGUGUGUGUGUGUGUGUGUGUGUGUGUGUCAGAGACGAUACAAAGAGUGUGGACAAUUUGUGGCCUCUGGUCCUGGCAGGGCUGGAUUAGUUUUGUCAAUCUCGUGUUGUGAGGCAAAGCAGCAUGACAUUUAAAUCCGUCCUGUGUAAAAGGAAGAGUGUGUCUGUGUGUCUGUGUGUCUGUGUGUGUGUGUGCGUGUGUGUGUGAGUGUAUCAGGGCAGCAGGGGUUCCAGUUUUGGUGGGAGGUUGCUGGAAAUGUUAGAAAUGUCAUUGCUUCUUACACUGUUUGACUUUGAAAAGGUGACCCUCUCUCUCUCUCUCUCUCUUUCUCCCUCUCUUUGUCUCUCUUUGUCUCUCUUUGUCUCUCUCUCUCUCUCUCUCUCUCUCUUUGUCUCUUGUCCAUCCGUCUGUCUGUCUCAUUCUCAGAUAAGUUAUUUGGAAAGCGGCUGCUGCAGGCUGGGAGACACAUCAUGUCUCAUAAGUCUUGGAUGAAAACGGUGCCUACAGAGAACUGUGAUGUCCUCAUGACAUUUGCAGGUCAGACUCACUCACACACACUCAUGUGUUUUUACUGCUAUACUUAAGAGGACCUUCAUUGAGAUAAAGGGCCCCUGACUUUAUUGCAGCAUCAGAUCAGUACGUCUACAGUCACCCUAAAACUGGGUGAAACUCCCAAGUUUUUCUACUUUGCUAUAUUCUCAAAAUUCAUGUGAAAAAAACAUAAUGCCAAAAACAACAUUUUGUCACCAAAUUAGAAGUUUGUAAAGCUGUAUAUUGUUUCCGGGUACUUGUUUUACAUGAGUAUAUUCUGCUUUCAAUGCAGUAAGCAGCAAAUCUGAGAAGCUCAAUCAAGCAGAUGUUUGGCAAAUGUGGCAAAAUUAAUUUAUGUUAUAGGAAAGCACCUUCUUGACAAUUUUCUGUAAAUGUAAUGUCAUUAAAAGACAUGCUAACCUACAAAACACAUUUUUUUCUUCUCCCUAACAACAUUUUAAAGUUUGGACCAGCAGUUCUGACUUUUAUUUUCAACAUAAACUUUAAAUUUUGGUCCAGACAAAUACUGAAUACUCAGACGUGCACAUUUGUAAAUGUUACUCUAAAUCUUAUUCAUAAAUUUCUUCAAAGUUUAUGAAAAAAUCUCAAAUUUAAGGCUAAAAGCAUAACCUUUUAUUCCUGUCCAAUCUUCCAUAUGUAAUCAUUUUUGUUGGCCAUCAGUCUCUUAAUCGCAUCAAACCAGAGAUUGAAAAAUGUCACAAGUCCAAGUUAUUGCAGUUUAAUAUAGUGGAUAAAACAGAUCAGGAUUCCUUGUCUGUAUCAUCUAAAGCAAAGAACAGAGAAGAAGAAGGCAGCUGAGCAGAGGAGUCAUCUUCAAGUGUUUGUUAGUAUGAUACUUAACCUCCAGCUGCUGCUCUGCAAUAAAUAGUAUAAGACUGUGGGAGUACUGAGCAGCUCCAGCGUACAGGGAUGCGUGGGUUUGCUUGAAAAUGUAUUUCUAUCUCUUAUUUUCUGCCAUAGACACUACAGAUGACCACACGUUGCUAUGGCUACUGAACCACAUCCGGCUGGGAAUCCCAGAACUCAUCAUCCAAAUCCGACAUCAUAAGCACACGCGAGUCUACGCAUUCUUCGUCACAGCUACGUAUGAAAAGUAAGAGCCCUCCUUAAAGGUUUGCUGUCGUGAUGAAAACCUUCAUAAGGGUCUGAGCUUUGUGUGUGCCGCAACAUCUCAAAAAUCAAAAGUCUAAAAGGCAAAAAUGUUCAUGCUGUUCCUCAAAAUGACACUUUUAUUUUGUCUUAUUUUCUUCUGAGCAACUGAAGUACAAACCUAAAGAUAAUCUUUUCAUUGUGACAUUUAACAAUUCCAGCGAGUAAGAGGGUUGAAUUCAGUCUUAGCUACAGAAACAUUAAGAAAAUCUGCCUGUUCUUCAGAAUUAAAAGGAAUUAUUUUAGAACAAGAUAACUUUUCCAUAGUUAAAAAAAUUCUGCCAGGUUUUUCAGAUAAUUAUCUCAGAUCAGAAAAACAAAACUUUUUAAAUGAAUGCCACAUACUUCCGUACUUAUCUUUCUGACGAAAUUAGCAUACUCUGUAUAACAGCAUUCACUUUAGCUUCUAAUUUAUGCUAUUUUCAUAAAUUUCCACUGCAGACAUAAUGAAGAGUUGAGUGAUGUUUAACAGUUGUCUUAUGUGAACUUAUGGGCAGCAAAUGAAGUAUCUAACUUUUAUCAUGGAAAAUCUAUUCCUUGAUUUGUAUAUAUGUAUAUAUAUGACCAGCUCAGUUGUGACUGUCAGCUUUAAGUCAACAGUGUUACUGAACAUCUCAUCUAAAAAACUAUCUGCUUUAUUUAGAUUGGAUGAAUUAAAUUACAUAAACAUCAUUAAUUAAUGGUCAACAUAAAACUACAUUUUGCUUAUGGUUAGGUUAGCUUAGCACUACAACUGAAAAGCCAAAUUUGCUUUGCCUACAGGAAAAGAAAAUUACACCUAUCAGCUCCUUUAAAGGCACUGUGAUGAAUUUUGUAUUAGUGAAGAAACAGACUGGACAAGGAUGCCUUUUCAUGAGCAAAUUCAAGAGAAAAUGAAGUCUGAUCAGUUUUCUGUUGUAGUUUUUAUUCCUUGAAAAUGCUGUGAUGAGGUUGGAGUCAGACCAGAUGACAGACAGCAGGUUUAUGAGCUUUUUAGCUGAAAUAUUACUUUUAUACAAACAGGACUGUAGAUAAGAGGCAUCACUUUGUCCACAGGGGGCGCCAGCAGCAACACAAACUAAAAGUUCUUCACAGCAGCUUUAAACCUCACUCAUAAACAGAUAUUUUUUCUGUUUUUUUACUGUUUUCCAUACUGAGCUGCCUCUCCCCUGUUAGUGUUCAUCUUGACAUGUUUUGACUUGAAUGUGUUUAUAAUGCUAUCUUGAGAUGACCAAACGCCUACUUUGAGCAUUUCUGAACAACAACCUUAAAAAACCUCUUCUGUGAUUUCUUCUGCACUGAUAUGACCCAGCUCAGGUAAAGAAGUCAGGGUUAUGCAAUGACUGUUACGCGCAUGUUUCACACUGAAUAAGCAGCAAAGUACAUCAGUAAGAGCAAGAAGAUAAACCAAAUGCCACAUGAAUAAUACAGUUUUCUUCUCGUAUUCCUGUUGUAGUCAAAGCUUUAGUUAUUUUUAAAUGUUACAACUGGAGACAAAAAUAUCCCUGUUGUUCUCUGCUGCUGCUGCUGCUGCUGUGAAAGCGAACGUGUGUCUUAUAAUCUUAUAUUUAGCUGCAGCUAUAGUACACACAGCAGUUCAGCUCAGUGAAUCACUAGAGAGGCUGCCAUCACGGCUGAUGUAUCUGCACCACUGCUCCACCUCUGACGCUGUGCUGCAGGUUAUUUUAAGUUUUCUACAGGGUUUGAGUCAGGCUAACCAUAUGGAUCGCAUCCACUCUGAUUACACCGCUCCGGCACAGGCUCUUGUUUUGAAAAAAAAUCCCCAGGGGAAUUAUAGAUGAGCUCAGGGUCAUUUUAAUUCAGCUUUGACUUUGGUUUAUAUAAAUACUGAGAAAUACAAUCCAAGGGAUCAGGCCGGCACUCGCUGUUCCAUACUGCAUUUCACCUCUUGACAAAUGUUCAGUCCUCUCUGCUGAGUGUGCAUUCACCAUCGGCCCUCUCGAGAAAAAAUAUCUGAGAGUCUCGAGCAGUCCUUUUUACCCAUGAAUGGAAUAAGAAUAGACAGAUGGCCACAAGGAACAAAGAAAGAGAGACAGAGAGAGACAGAUGCAUAAAGAGAACCAGAGGAAGAAGAGGGAGGGAGGCAGAUAGACAAAGAGAAGAAGAAGAGGGAGGUUAAUGUGGUGGGAAGAUGGAGGAAGAGGAGUGCUCUUUGGAAGCGUGCCAGCUGCAGGUUUUAGAUGAAAUGCUGGAGGAAAAUGAUUGCUGUGUGACAUGAAGCACGCUCUCCUCCCUCUCUCUCUCUACACACACACACACAGACACAGACACACACCUGCUGCUGGAAAGGUUGGCCUACAUUUCAUUAGAUAGAAAAGAUAACCCAGAAAAUACUCCAUCCUACUGACUCACCUUGACAGCUCAAUCUUUUUGCAAACCAAAUUGGAGGGAAUUUACUUUUCUAUUCCACCAUUAGCCACGAGGACACCGGCUGAGGGCUGUGGAUGAGCUCGCUAUCAUGCCCAGUUUAUUUUAAGUUAUCCACCGUAAAGUUUCCACUGCUGAGAGUUUGAGUAAGUUUUACCUUUUAGUGACAUGAUGAGCAGCGUGAAAGCGUGACACACAGGAAAUUAGAGGUACAGUUUCUCCACAGGGGGCGCCCUUUCUCACAGAACCUUUGAGGAAGACUUAAAACUAGUUAGUAAAAAAUGUUAGAGGUACUUUUAUUUUCUUUUAGACUUGUGUAGAAUCCAACUUUAUACAACAAUAUUGGCUUUUUUAAAAGAAAAACUCAAAUUGAACGUCUCCCCUCCUCAGCUGUAAAUGAGCAGUUUAUUUAGACCGUCCUGUUCUGCUGAGUUUCUGCGUUUUGUCUGCUAAAUAUUUGCUGUGUAAGCAUAAAUCUUAUGUGCACUUUUCUUCCUCAGCAGUAUUCUGCUCUCUUACAAGGUUAGUUUUGCCCACACGUUUCUUUUAACACUGUUUCUUUUUAAAUUAAGGCUCCUUGUAUUUGGGCAGAGAGAGUGCAAAAAGGCGAUGAAGUUUCUGAUGAAAUAAAAAAAAGGAGAAAUCUUAUUAAGAUUCCUGGCAGCAGCAGAGGGAGUGGCACACACCCUGAAAGGCCUUGCAGUUAUUGGCUCAGAUUGCUAAACAGUUGGUUUAAAACAGAUACAGCCUUUUCUUUUUCGCAGGCAAGGACCUUUAUUGUGAAGGUGCUGCACACCGAGCAGUUUUCAGUGCUGAUACAGAAGCUUACAGCUCACAUUUCUGCUAUCAUCCAUCAUGAUGCUGAACCUAGCUCACUGUCCUGCUCCUCAAAGAGCCUGGAGCUAGAUGAUGGAUGGAUGGACGGAUGUUGCAGGCCCACCUAAGCUGAGCUCAUGUAUAUGCGUGUGUGCGUGUGUGUGUUAUAUAUACAUGUACGCAGGAGAGGGAGAGGGGGGUGAGCUGUCACAACAGCAGGCGUGGUGCUGCAUUAUUAUUGCGAUUGUACCACAGAGCUACUGGGAAGGGCAGGAGGAGGGGGAAAAAAAGGAUGUUGGCAUGAAAGGAGGAGGGAGGGUGGACAAAGGAGAGGACUCUGAGAUAAAAGGAUGAGGAGUGGACGGGGAGGGGUUGAUGGGAAAUGAGAUGAUGAGAGAGAUUCAUGAGGUCAAAGAAUGAAAAGAGAGUUCAAUUGACUCUAAUGCAGUAAAGGGUGAUCUAUCUCUGCUGUUUUUAUGGUAAACAGUUAGGGUUUUUUAGUCUCAUAAAAAAGUGGCCGAAUACACCGUUUUCACUUAUUUAGAGAGAGAUAAUGUCAAUGUAGUUUAAGCAUUUUGUUGAUGUUGAAGGGAGAAUUUAUUCAACUCAUUAUUUUCAGAUCAGAUUUCUAUUUACAAGCCAAAAGUACCGAUCAAGCACAAAUCCAACCGAUAAACUUUCUGUUAGCGUUACAAUAAAUCCCUAAGGGGCUAUUUUCUAUGACAUAACAUUCAUUUAGUCAUUCAUCUUUGUGGAUCUAUCUAUUCUUUCUCGGGUCUUCUUAACUUCAUUCAUUCACAUUCAACUAUUUGGAUCUAUGUCAGCUGCUACCAAAGUAAAAACUGCUCUUUCUUGGGUCCACUCAACUCUUUCUGAUGCUCAUCUUUUUGGCAGAUUUUACUCAAGGUUUUUUGGUUCUACUUUUGAGCCAGACACACACAAACAAACUAACAAAAAAGACAAAUUUGAAGCCAACACAAGGCGCUUAUGCUUUCGUGAUAAGGAGAAGUGGUCAGCGAGUAAACCUGGAACACAUACCAGUAUUCUCUAUCCAUGACUUACACCGCCAACCACAUGGUUCCUAAUGUCCCCACAGACCCGGAUGGAUGAGGACAGAUGCAAACUGAGAGCCAGCUCAUUACUGAGGUUAUCAUGUGGGCACCUACACUCACAAGUGUUUGGCUAUAGUGGGCCCACGACACUUAAGUGAGGCUUAACAGUGAGCUCUGGUCUCCCAGAGCCACCGCCCCCACCCACCAUAUCCACAUGCAGCACCUCUUAAUAUUACACCACAUCCUAUACAGCGUCUCACAUCCAACAGACCAAGUCCUCGUACAUGAAGGCUCUGGUCGGCAACAGCACCCAUACUGACCACAUAGUCUCUUAUGGCCCCACAACCUAAAACCAACAAAGAGAAGAGUCUCUAUAGCAGGAGGAAGCUUUAUGACAGGUAUUUAAAAUGCAGAUACAUUCAUGCGUACACUUUUAAUAGCGAGACAAAAGAAUUUCCCACAUAAAGACAAAAACUCUGAGAUUUAUCUUUAAAAGAAAAAAGACAAGGCUGUAAAUCCUCACAUUUGACAAGUUGGGAGCAAAGGCUGCUUCUGUUGUGUAAAUGACAUAAAUAAAUGAAAAAGAGUCAAAGAACAAAUUCAUUAAAGAUUGAAUCAAAGUUCAUCAAUCCUGCUGUGAAGAAUCUGCAAUGAGGAGGAGGAGGAGAAACAAACUUGUCCACUGACAGAUAGUCUAACCUUUCCCCUGAUGGUCUGACUUUGACACUCUGCAGUUUGUUACGAGGAGCAGAAGAGAUGGGACUAAGGAAAGCUGUGAAGCCUGAGUUUGGCGGAGGGUCACGGAGCUUCUCCUGUGAGGAGGACUACAUCUACGAGAACAUCGAGAGCGAGAUGUGCUUCUUUACCUCACAGGUCAGUUACAGCAGGCACGGCACGCUCACACAAACACACACAUGAAAGUCGAUAUUUUUCCACACUAACAUGAAUUAUUUCUGUCCUCCUCUCCCUCACGGUCAUUGUAGGAGAGGCAGAGCAUCAUCAAAUACUGGCUGGACAAUCUACGUGCCAAACAUGGGGAGGUGCUUCAUAAUAUCAACUUCCUGGAAGGCCAGCAGAUCAGUGAGUUACUAACACGGUAUUAUUCUGCUGUUGUCAGACCCUUGAAGAUAUUUGUCUCUGUUUCACAGGAGGAUUUUUCGGCAGGAUUUGGCAAAAAUCCCUCAGUCGAAUUGGGUUUAGAAUUAUUAGAGGCAAAUUGUGAUGGAUUAGAUGGUUUACCCUCGUCAAUAAAAGCCUCUUCAAUACAAAUCUGCUCUCUCUCUUCUGUGUUUCUGUCUCUAACAAAAUUAAAAACAGUAAUUCUAACCUGGUCUGUUGUCUGCUUUCGAUCUGUCCGCAGUACCGGAGCUGAGUGCGCGCGGUGUGAUCCAGCAGGUUUUUCCUCUCCACGAGCAGAGGAUCCUCAGUCAGCUGAUGAAGUCCUGGGUCCAGGCUGUUUGCGAGAAGCAACCCUUAGGUUAGAAAGACAAGAAAACAGCUCAAUACAUGUAGACAACAACAAAGACCCUCUCAUACUUCAUUUUUAUGAUUAGAUGUUUUUACAUUAAACAAGCAGUGAAAGGAAAGUAACAAAUAUAGCAGACAGGGUCGUUACAGGCUCAAAAUGCAAUAACUCACAAACGUUCGUUUCCAGAAUGUAACUCCAAAGCUGGGCCAUGGGGACACAUUCAUUUAUACAUCAUAUCCAACACAAAUUGAAGAAUGUGACACAGGAUAAGACAAGCACUUUCAGUUCGUUAGAUUUGUUUAAGAUUUCCAGGGUUCCCGAUACCUCUCAAACUUAGCACUGGCAUAUCUCAGGGAAAAUCUCCCCUAUGAUCUCUGUCCAUUCUGAAAUAGAUGGUGAGUCCUCGCUGAGACAUUUUCUGGUUAUUGCUUUUUUGCAACCAACCAAUAGAAUCUGUAUCAAGUACCUGUCUGGUUUCCUCAUGGUUUUUGGUAAAUCCCCCAAGUAAAUAAGACUGAAAGAGCGCUCUAUAUCCGAACCUGGGAUUGAAAUGAUUUCUUUUAUCGCACAUUCCCAAAAUGGUGACAGUGCAGGACACUCCCAAAAAAUGUGGAAAUGUCCAGCAUAUAUAUUGACACACGUCCUCCAACAGUGACCAAGCUCGGGCCUGUUAGUCUGGGACCUUUUGAUCUUAGGGGUAAUAAAAAAUCUCAGGAUCAAAUCCUUUUUAACGCAAGAAAUUCAGUUUGACACUGUGAGUCACUUUGAUCACAUCUCUGUCACAUUGUUUUUACACUUUGUUGUUGUUUACAGAUGACAUCUGUGACUACUUUGGGGUAAAGAUUGCGAUGUAUUUUGCCUGGCUGGGAUUUUACACCACCUCCAUGUUGUAUCCUGCUGUGAUCGGCUUUGUGCUGUGGAUGCUCACCGAGUCAGAUCAGGUGAGGAAGGGAGCUCAUGAAGCUUCAAGCUGCCUGUAUUUCCAAUGAUCCUUAGCUGAUGGUAGUGCAUGUUUGUUUGUUUGUGUUCUUUAAGACGAGCCGGGACAUCUGCUGCGUGGUGUUUGCGCUGUUUAACGUGGUGUGGGCCACUCUGUUUCUGGAGCGGUGGAAGAGGAGGGGAGCUGAGCUGGCGUACAAGUGGGGAACGCUGGACAUGCCGGCUGAAUCCCUGGAGGAACCACGGCCUCAGUUCAGGGUGAGAGAAACCACAACUCUCCCUCCCUCCAUUCUUCCACUCUCUCUCUCUCUCACUCUUUAAGAUUUUCUCCUCCUCCUCCUCCAUCUCUGCAGGGAGUGAAGCGCUGCAGUCCCAUUACAGGAUGCGAGGAGUUCUACUAUCCUCCGUGGCGGAGGCGUGUGUUCAGGUGGCUGGUCAGCCUGCCUAUCUGUAUCCUCUGUCUCUGUUUUGUCUUCCUGGUCAUGCUCAUCUGUUUCGAGCUGCAGGUCAGUUAUCUACCAGAGUCGGAUUAUAGCAGUAUGCAGUACAAAUCUUUGUUUUCUCUGCUUCGUGAUGAUUUUUCUGAGAGUGAUGAGUGCCUGGUGUGUGAUGAGUGAAAAGCUGCCAAUGUGUCCCUGCAGGAGUUUGUGAUGGGGAUCAAGGAAAUGCCUCGACUGGCUCGCUUCAUCCCCAAAAUCAUGCUCGCUAUCACUGUGACUGCAUGUGACGAGGUGUACAGGAAAAUUGCCUGCUGGCUUAAUGACAUGGGUGAGAGACAAGCUUUCCAGAUUUUUCUUCAGAUCUACAUUCACAGUCAGAGCAGAUCCUCUCUCUCUCUCUCUCUUUCUCACAGAGCAGAGGCUUCAUUAAAUCGCUUUCAGCUCAGAUCAUUAAACAUGUUGUUCAUAAGUGGUUCGGUUUCUUCUGUUUAGUUUCUUUCUGAUAUCUUUUUUUCCACAGAAAACUAUAGACUCCAGAGUGCCUAUGAGAAAAAUCUCAUCAUCAAAAUGGUUCUAGUGAGUGUUUUUCAUCACAUUAUUUCAGAGUUACCCAUAUGAUUCAAGAAAGAGCUUUCUAACCAUCUUUUUUUUCCUUAUGCAGUUUCAGUUUGUAAAUUCUUAUCUCAGCCUUUUUUACAUUGGAUUCUACCUCAAAGACAUGGAGCGGCUCAAAGAGGUGAGGAGAAAUUUCAAGCCCAGUUGGCAUCACUUCAUUUGACCUCUAACCUCCAUCGUCGUCUGUUUACCAUAACCCUCGGUCCUCACAUCCUCCCUGUUUGUUGGUCCGUGGUGGAAGAUGCUGCUGGUGUUUUCUCUGUUAAAGAGUUUGCAGAGGAAGGUCCGGGUCAAUGUGCUGCCUCCUCUCCUCUUCAGGAUCCAGAUGCUUGUGGUCUCUGUCCUCUGGUUCUUCAGGGCUUUACUCAGGUCCAAAUGAUCCCAGCACAUCUAUUGACUGAUCCAGAGAGGCCACUCCAGACUACAUAAACUCUUAUUUAUCGGUUGUUUUCGAUGACACUUGAACUCAAUAAUCCUCUUUAGUGUUGUUUGUUGGAUCUGUCCUUCAUUCCCUUGUAAUGACCCAUAAUAUCCUUCUCAUUUUCUUUAUUGGCGUUUCUGGGAAUUGUUUUUCUGCUACAACUGUCAACCCUCAUACCUCAGUUUCUCCCUCUUGUCUGUCAGUUUGUUUCACACUCAUCCAGAGAGCCUCCUCAAUCCUCUUUUCAAAAUCUGUUAACAUCACUCGACUUUGUUGCCUUCCAUGCCUGAUCACCAACAAGUUCACCCAAAGUCUUUAAAAAGAAAUUUCCGUAACACUUUCUUUUACUGUACACUUAUUACUAUGUAAUUAACAGGUAAUUACCAAGUAAUAACAUGAAAUUAUCUGGUAAUUACAUGAUAACUACUAAGUCGAUACUGUCUAGUUUUUCUUUUUUUCUUCUGUGCAGCUCCAUUAUCAAAAGCUAUUUGGGGUUCUUAUUUUCUAUGAUUGACACUUAUUUUCUAAGAUUGCAUAGCGAUACGCUGUUUGUGCCAAGUAUUAUCACAGCGACUCACCCGCCGAAUGCGUACGAUGCUACUGCGCAAGUGGUGGUUCCAGGAAGCUGAGAAAAUCCUGGAAAUACCAGAGCAAUUCGGCUUCAAAUUUGUAUGAUGAUGGAAGGUUACCUACCUGGUAGCUAGACAGUAUUGACUUAGUAGUUAUCAUGUAAUUACCGGAUAAUUCCGUGUUGUUACUAGGUAAUUACCUGUUAAUUACCUGGUAAUAAGUGUACCGUAAAAGAAAGCGUCACCAAAAUUUCACCUCAAGUUUUUGGUUUUUCAAAACAUCAGUCUCCCAAAAAUAUAAAACCUAAAAAAAUUCAGCUAGCUUCAUUAUUUUUUCUGUUGAUUAAUAGCAAGUGCCAAAAAUCUGGUUAAACCUGCAUGACGACUGUCAGAGUCUGAUGUGAAAGCAGCUGCUGUUGUUGAGAGAACAGAGUCUGCUUCUCUCUGUUAUUAUUAUUCAGAUCUCGCGUCACAGACUGAAUUUGACAUUCAGUGCGUGUUCAUGUCAGGAGUCUGUUGUUUGUGCUUGUAUUAUAUUCCUGUAGAUAAAAACCGCUGCAUGUUGCACAUCAGCAUUUCUUUAAUGGAAACAGUCGCUUCUAAAUGAAACCAAUUGCAGAUUGUAAUAUUUGCUGCUGCGCUUGUUAUUUGGUUUGAUGUCCUCUGGGUGUGUAUUAAAAGACCAAAGACAUGGUGUUUAUUUUUGAGCGUUACAGGAUUAUUCUGGCUCGUUACAGCUGGGAUUUUUAUUUUGUGGUUUUAGCGAAACAUUUGAAUCAUCUCUGAGUAUUUUACCUGCCAAACAAAUGACAAAUGAGGCAAGUCUUUUAAUUUUUGAAGUAUCUCUUAUAUUUAGAGCACCACAAAACAAUCAGCUGUUGUAAUAAAACCCAAUUUCUCGAUCAAGGUUUAACUCUGUGUGCUUUUGGUUUCGAGAGACCUGCAUUUCCUGGCAGUGAAAGAGUUGUACUAAUAGGCUUUGAGUGUCCAUGUCUAUUAGCUGUGCUCUCAUAAUGUGGAUUCAGUUAUGUUAUAUGGUUCUUCCUCAGUGAAUCAUUGUGUCCAGAAAACCACAGGUGCACUUCUGGUGCAGAGAUGAAGACUUUAAUGUACAGGAAAUCAUUCAGCGGUGGUUGUCUGCCUUGUGUGAUGUGCUUGUGGAUAAAGUUUGCAUGUAUAUAAAUUAUGUUUUGAUUGAUUAGCCGCAUUUGUUCCACAUGGAUGCGUCAAAGCCUGGCAGCUAAUUUAGUUGUGAUUUUUUUUCUCUGUUCCUGUCAGAUGCUGGCCACUCUGCUCAUCAUCCGACAGUUCCUUCAAAACGUGAAGGAGGUGCUGCAGCCUUACCUGUACGAGCGCCACAAGCUGGGCGAGCUCACGCUGCGAGCGGUGUGGGACCUGCUGCUCUCUGUGCUGUAUAAGUACGCUCGACUGGCUGCGGGAAAAGCCCAGGACUCCCCGACUGACCAAGCCGUGCCGGGGCCGGGUCUGAGGGGCACUCGGCCUGGAGUGGGGCAGACAGAAAGAAGGUCAAAGUCAUGUUUUAAAUUCUAAACUUACCCCCUAAUGCACGCAGGAUUACUAAUGAGGAGAUCUGGAUGUUUGAAGAGUACAAAAGGUUUUUCCUGACAGGGAAGAAAGCGUCACUUUCUCAUGAGAUAAGUGAGAAGAGGAGUGUUAACAGUUUUCAUUUACACCAACACUCAAAGUAUUAGUCACUACAAACACACCAGCAUGACUUCAAAGUAGAAGCCUCUUUAUGUGCACUUGACAUUGUCUGGGCACUGCAUGCAGUUAUGAUUCAUGCCAAUUGGACAGUGAGCAGCAGAUAACACACGCGCACACACACACACACACACACACACACACACACACACUUUGUCUGACGUCUAUUUGUCACUUUAACCUCUCUCAGGGAGAAGAAGUGUUUGAACGGCGGAUGCGGGGUGCCUGAUGAAGAGGAGGGAGGUGAGAGGGACGAGGCAGACAGCGGGAGGUUCAGUGAAGGGGAGACGGAGGAGGAAAGUCUGAUCGACUGCGGUUUGAAGCUGAGAAAAGUCAGUUUCAUAGAGAAGGUAAAAGCUGUGUGAACAUGUAAGACGAUGAGGCGUAAAUAUACCGAUUAUUAAGGAGGUUGUUAUGCUAAUAAACAACAACACACGAUAUCGAUAAAACAGUCUUUCUGGUUGAUCUCAAGGUGGACAGAAGGCCGAUCUGCAGUGGACCCCCUAUGGACAACAGUUUCCUGGAGGAGGGGAGCCCCACCAUGGUGGAAAAAGGAAUGGACCCUGCCUCUGUAUUUGAGUUAUGCGACGAUGACGAUGAUAACGGCAUCCAUGAUGUGAAGGAGGCAGGCGGGGGAGGAACAGGUGCGGCUGAGGGGAUGAGUGCCGGUGCUCCUGCUGCCCCGCUGCCUUCUGGGUCUGAAAGCAGCACGUCACUGCGACACAGACGAAGAGGCAGAAGCUCGGAAAGACCCGAGCCGAAGACAAAAAGGGACUCGUGGAUGGACCCCCCUGAGGAGAGAGAGAGCAACACGCUCACUCAGGCUGAGAUGGAGAGCUGCAUGCAGAGUUACGCUGUAAGAAAGACCAUUUAUUAAACUUAGUCUGUAAACUCUAACUAAUUACGGCUAAUGGUUAUGUUUGCAGUUUAUUAAUCACCUCUGUUGAAGAGAUUUCAGAAGUGCUAGCUUAAGCGAAAAUGAGCAGGAAGUUGAUCAGGGACGGAAGUUUUCUAAAAGCCUUUAAAUAGACUCAUCCGUCAGCUGUAGGCGGCGACGCAUCCAGACUUAUUUGACUGGGGUAGGGGAGCGAGGAUGUGUGUGGGCAUACAUAAACGUUAUAGCAUCUACUUUAAGAACUGUCAUGAAAAGUAUCAUACAGCUCUGAUUUUAACUGUUUUCUUUGUAUGAACUAUGUACAGAUUAGUUCUUUCUCGGCUCGGUUGAAUCGUUUGCAAAAAAGUAGGAAGAUACAAAAAUAUAGGAGUUACAGUUUUACAAUCAUGAUUGCACAAUAAUCGUGAAAUCUUUACAGGUUGGUGUCAGUUUAAUUUAGAAAGAGAACAAACAUAUAACAUGUGAAAUGCUGCACGGCUGUAGGUCAACAACUUAGCCAUACAAGAUGACGAGCCGGGGGACCCUCCGCUGUCAUUCCUCCCAUUCUUAGGUCAAGUUUCAUGCAUGUGGUAGCGACAUGGGACCUCAUCUGUGUCACAUGUGACUUGACAAACAUGAGACAAUCAGACAGUGAGACAAAAAAGUGUGCUUCUUUUAUCAAAGCAUUGCAAUUCUGUCUCCUAGCUGAAAUAGAAAAGUACAUAUUUGUACUGACUUUGUGAUGUUGUAGUAAAGUUUAGCGCUUCUCUCUGACUCUCUCAGGACACCUUCCAGGACUACCAGGAGAUGUUUGUCCAGUUUGGCUACGUGGUGCUCUUCUCCUCCGCCUUCCCUCUGGCGGCCAUGUGCGCUCUCAUCAACAACAUCAUCGAGAUCCGCAGCGAUGCCUUCAAGCUCUGCACCGGUCUGCAGAGGCCCUUUGGAGUGAGGGUGGAGAGCAUCGGCCAGUGGCAGGUCAGAAACUCUCUGAACCCUGAUUGUACUUUGAGUUUUAACAGAUCGGAGUCACAGCCACACAAAAACAAGAACAACAGUAAAACUAAAGAGAGUGUGGAUUAUAUAAAUAUUACUGUGUAGUUGUCAGAUUACACAGAUUAUUAAUGAGUCACUGAGAUAAGUGAGAAGUGCAGAACAAAAGCCGGAUGUAAAUUAUGCAGAUGAAAAGAAAAGAUCAGGAAACGAAGCUAAAAAAAACCUUCUCCCUUCUUCUACAGACUGCGAUGGAAGCUAUGGGCCUCAUCGCCAUCAUCGUAAACUGUUACCUGAUUGGUCAGUGCGGUCAGCUGCAACGCCUCUUCCCGUGGCUCAGCCCUGAAAUGGCCAUCAUCUCCAUCGUCAUUCUCGAGGUAAUCACUGCCGCCGCUUCCUGUCGUUCUUUCUGAAUUACUCAGAGAAGAGUGUUUGAGAGUUUUUGCAAAAGGGGGACAGGAUUUGAUAUGCAUCAGCGAAUAAAACAAGUGCAGGGUACUUAGACUGCAAACCAACAGCUCACUCCUUCCUGUAUUUUUCACGUUGAUUGAUGCUGUUCAGAGUCUGCUCUUACUUGUAACGUAUUUGGAUUCUAGCUCUGUUCGCCGUGCGCUGUGUUCCUGCCUUUGUUGGGAAAGCGGUAAACAGCCUGCAGCUCUCUCUUGGCCUGAUAAAGAAGUCGGGCCUAUCAGGAGGAGGAUUUCAUGGUCCAAUUGAUGCUGUGCAGGAAUUGGUUCAAGUUACAGAACAUUAAAGAGAACUGCUAUUGUUUUUUUUAUAUGAUUUCUUUCUCCACCCACAGCACUUUGCUAUCCUUCUGAAGUAUAUUAUCCAUGUGGCCAUCCCUGACAUUCCUGCGUGGGUCCGAGAGGAGAUGGCUAAACUUGAUUAUCAGCGCAGGGAGGCCUUUAAGGUAAGCGAUGAGAGGAUGAGGACUUUUUCUUCGUCAUGGAAAAGUUGCAUGAAAGGAUGAUGUUUAUGUUCAAGAAUUAACAGAGAUUAUAAGUUUGCAUUUCUGUGUUUCUUUUCAGAGAUAACUCGCUUGUUCUGCACUUAAAUUUUACUUUAGAAAAGACAAAUUGUAGAGCACAGCAAAGAGACAAGGAUGUAGUCAGAGCUGCAGUCCUUAUGCAGGAUUCAUGGACAGGGAUUUGUUUGCUGCAGUAUCGUAACGGUUUGCUGGUUUAGUGCUGAUUGUAGUACACACAUUGUGAGAAUAUUUCCCUUCCUCUGCAGAAGCAUGAGCGACAAGCACAGCAGCAUUACCAGCAGCUGCAGAGGAGGAAGAGGGAGGAGGAGGAGCGGCAGAGGCAGGCCGAGCACAUGGCCCGCAGGGAGAGGGAGCGGGAUGAUGGCAAGGGCGACUCCUCAGGGGAGCACCAUCACGACAAAAGUCAUGGCAGUAAAUCUCGUCCCGGAGGAGGAGGAGGGAGCAGCGGGUCGGACAAACCUAAGAGGCCCAGCUCUCUGUUGGCCAACAAUAACGUGAUGAAGCUGAAGCAGAUCAUCCCGCUGCAGAGUAAGUUCUCCUCAGGCGGCGCCCGCUCCCCUCAGUCACCCACCGGCAGCGAGCCGAAGCUGCCCGGCUUCCUGAGCUUCAAAUUCCUCAAAUCACCUGAGAACAAGAAGGAAGGAGCUGCGGCUUCUUCUGCAGCCAACACCACAGCAGCUAACGCCACAGCGGCAGCAUCCUCAUCCUCAUCUUCAUCAUCAGGUAGCAGCUCCCAGGAGCGUUCUCAGUCACCCAGCAAAGCCUUCAACCCUGGGAAACUGUUUAACUUUGGGAAAUCUGAGGGGGGGACGUGUGUGAAUGGAGCGCCGCUGCCCAGAUCAGCAGAUUCAUCAUCAUCGUCAUCAUCUUCAUCAUCAUUAUCACAGACUUCAGAGAGACAAGCAUCCAGAUCUGACCUGAACGGCGUCCCAGAGGAGAUCCCCUCGCCUGGAGGGGAGGGGUCAGAGAACGGACAUUCAAUAGACUUGGACCCCCCCGGGUCUAAAGUCUAGUAGCUCCGCAGAGAUCUAGCUUGUCUUUGGUUUUAUCUGGACUGAAGACCAGGUGUGGUUUCUGUGAGGGAAGGCCUGACCUACCUGCUGUGUGAUCACAGGAUCAGUGUAGAGGUACUUGAAACUGAUGACAGAUGAUGUUUGGUUUGCUUUUAUGCUGAGAGACACAACACAGGCUUUGUAAGAAAGACAUAAGCCCUUCUGCCAUGACAAAAAACACACACACAAUCCCUUACACACACACACACACACACAAACACGAACAUACAAAUCCUUCCUUGUCUGCAAUACAGAAAGAAAUGCAUGAGCUGCGUUUCUAAUAUUUUUAAGCCUUUAAAGCAGAGAGCUGUGUUUCUUCAUUUCUUCUAGUCAUAAAUUGUAAGCAUCUGGCCUCUCACUGAGACAUCCAAGCGGAGGAUAAGGUCGAGGAAAAGGAUCACAGAUUGUACAUGAAAUAAUAGCCAGGAGUGUUUUCUAGCUUCAAAUCGACGUGAUUAUUAGAUACUGUCUUAUUUUAAACUGUGAGGAAUUCUUGGGCCCUUCACUUUAAUAAUGAAGUGGAAAAAAGGAAAAAGCAAUAUCGAUGAGUGUUUUAAUUCCUUUGGAUCAUAACCAGAACCCCCCUUCUCUGUAAGCAGCGCUGAUUUACCACCAGCUUUAUUUUCAAAGCAGAGGUGACGUCUGAGAUUUGAACACUGCUCUCCAUUCUGGGUUGGUAACGUAAAGUUGAGAUUUUAAUAAGUUUGGUAUGUGGCAUCUUUAGAUUAUUCCCAAGAGUGGACGAAAAGAGACAAAGAGACGCAAAAAAAACCCACUGAGGUAUUAUAGAUGACAGUGAUUUCGACUUUGCCAUUCUCCAUCCAUGCCCGUAGAGCUCCAUGUAAGCACAGAUGGUGCUCCACUCCACACACUCUAACCAGACGUGGCAACCGAGCGUAGAGUUAAAGAAGUUAACAUUUGCACUAAACCCUUAACGCCAUGCAUGGAGACACCAGCCUGCUACAUGACAUUAUGCAAAAUCUGGAUAGGCUUCUUUCCUCAUUUCACACGACACAUCUCAACUCUGCUCACCUGCUCUCAGCACCUAUGGACUCUCCUAAGUAAUCAGACAAGUUUCUACAAUAGCUGCUCUUAUUUCUGUUGAGCUACAUAUCUUUUUAUACACCAGUUGCUAUAUUGUGAUAUUUUUCUUUCCCUUUUCUUAACCAAAGCAGUGUUUUUUUGGAUGAUACUGUCGACCUGAGAUGUGCGGACUGUAUGUUUUCAUUUACAAAGUUUAUGCUUAUUUCACUCAAACAAGCAAACCCUUCACAAACCAACAAAAAUCACUUCUGCAGGGUCUCCAGAAGGUGGUGCCAGAGUGCAUUUGCAUACAAAAUUGUGUUGUUUUCUCUGUCAGUGCCAGCGUUUUAAUCAUAACGUCAGCUUUAAUCACCAGAAUACAGCAGAAGCAGCAUGUGAUCCUGUUUGGUUGCAGUAUAAGAGCCUUUAAGAGGAAAAUAAUGUAAAAUUGUACAAAGAAAAAUAUCACAGGCUCUCUUAAAGUAAAACAAGGAAAGUACAUUAACUAUGCACUUCCACAACAUCAGUCCUGGCAGGGUUGUUGGCAAUAAUGCUGAGAUAUGAGAGGCUUGUUUUUAUCGCUUAACGUCUAAACGAACUCCUCCACCACCAGCUCCUCCAGAGCAUCAAUCCUUCUGCAGUAUCCAAACCAAACUCUAUGCAUCUCUUUUGCUUAAUUUAUCCAAGAUUUCCGCAGCUUUAGCUCCUCUAAUCUAGCUUUUAAUGUAUUUUCCGGUCCCCCUUUUAUCAACACUUUAAAUACUCAUCUUCUCGCCUAUUUACCUGCUGCUUUGUGUCUACAGAAGCUGUCUGGUCUUGGGGUAUUGAUUGACAUUUUACUUCAUGCAGUUUGUCGUAUUUUGUGGCUGCUUUCAUGUCUAUAAGAACUUCAGACUGAUUCUAGGCGCAUGGAUCAAGAAAAUGUCAAAAACCAUACUUCCACAGAGAGACAAAAAGAUCUUACUGCAAUAAGGAAACAUGUAGGAUAUCAGUCUGAUAUGAGUUUGUGUAGUCGGUGUCAUUUUCCAGUCAAUCUACAGUCUUUUCUUUUUAUAUUUGGCAUUUCUUGCUCCUGAUAAAUGUUAAAUGAGAAGUGCAAAGCUGGUUCAGAUGUCAUAUGUGCAUCAGUCUCAGAGGCCGAACAGAUCAGGAUGGUAAGUGUAGCCGAGCAACAAAAAAAAAAGGAAAAAAAAAAAAGAUUCUUGCAGCAUUUUGAUUUCAGGGAUGAGUGAUGCAAUAGUCCAUACAUCAUAACUGGAGUUUGGGUAGAAAAUAAGUAGCCAGUUUCAUAGCAGAGAUGGUGAAAGUGAAAAAAAAAUAACAAGUAGAGAUGAAAAGAAGGAAUCCCAGUGGAGUUAGGUCAGUCCUCCAUGUAUGUAGUUCCUUUUUAUUCAGGGAAAAGUCACAGUACAACUUCAUAAACCCAAAAAAGGGAUAGCAUUAACCAUCUUAUCACUUCUUCAUCCUUGCACUCUUGGCAGCGGUGACAAAUACUGCAUGUAGUUCUUAUGGGGGUCUUAAAAUCAGCUAAGGUUGAAGUAAAUUUGGCUUGCAUUAAAGACAGCUGAGACUCAUCAGCCGUCUGCGAUUCACCGUCAAAGCAACAGCAGUUCCUCGGAGGAUUUGGGCUUAUCCACACUUUACAAGCAUCAUCACUGUAAUGUGAAAGUAGAGGGGAAAGGACUGUGUUUAGUAAAUGUUCUGUCGUCUUCUGGAUUUUAAAAGUGGAUUUGAGGAGGUGAAAAUCUCACCACAGCUACAUUAAAACCUGACCCUAACCUCAGAGUUCAAGAUUUAAGACAUCUUCAUGGAAGCCUCACUACUGAACAUCAUACGCUCUUCCAAUGUACCACUGUACAAAAAAAAAAGAUCUUUUAAAGAGAAAUAACUGGGAAAUGGGAUUAUUUAUUUCGUUUAAUUUAUUUUGUCAUAUUUUUGUAAGACCUGAAAAAUAGUUAAUAAAACUAUUUCAAAUGCA